ACCCAGCUCCAGCCCCGCUCGCCGUGCCAACGUCCCGCAGCACCAUGAAGGGCUCCGCAGCCGCCCUGGCCGCUCUGCUCCUCCUGGCCCUCUGCUCCUCAGCCGUGGCCCGUCUGUGUGAGUCGGAUGGCGUCCCCACAACCUGCUGCUUCACCUACAUUCAAGAUCCCGUCCCACUCAACCUCAUCGCCUCCGCCUUCCGCAGCAGCAGCAAGUGCCGCCUGCCGGGGGUGAUCCUGGUCACCAAGAAGGGGAGGGAGAUAUGUGCAAACCCCGAGGAGUCCUGGGUGCAGAAACGCCUGGAACUCUUCCAGAACCAAGAAAACUGACCCUUCACUGCUCUGACCCUGGGCUUGGCCAGCAGCACCAUGGAUACACCACAUUGCAUGAACUGAAUCUUCUUCUACACAAAAUUUAUUCUAUUUAACUUAUUUAAAUUAAAUAUUUUUUUUCUAAGAAAGGGGAAAAUCCAGGAAUAAUUUAAAACAUAUCACUACAUCAUAAUCCAAUAAGGACUUAGUAGUUUUGAUGCCUAAAUAAAAUUUUUGGACUAUGAAA